AUGUAUUCUUCUCUUUACAAGAGAAUUCCCCCAUCUACAAGUAUUCCCAUCAUACCAAAACUUCCCUCACGAUAUGCCCGCGAUAAUGAUCGACACACCCGUCCGCCCAAUCCCAGAAAAACCAUCACGAUGCCUCAAUUACUCGAUUUGCCAAAUGAGCUCCUUCGCACCAUAGCGGAUGAGCUCACCUACCUCCCCCGCGACUACCCAUACCGACGAUUCCAACACCCUAUUACCGCCUUUCGCCUCACUAAUCGCCGCCUGGCGGAAGUUGGAAAGUUUGUCUUCCGAAACUUCUCAGCGGUUCGCGAGUGCCCGCCUGUGUGGGAUGGGCCUUAUACGUUCAGCUACACGUACCGCCCUUUCUACAACUUCACCGUGCGGAAAUAUCUUCGGCUUCUUCCACAGCAGCCGGAGUUCGUACGUCUCAUCGAGAACGUACAUCUCAGCGAAUCCGCCUAUACUAUGCCCUAUCUGAUGCCAGACUUCUUUCUCGGUGGCUACUGUCAGAUGUUCGACUGCUAUCUCGAACUCCCCUUCGAGAUAAGACCAUACACACUAGCCUAUGAGACAGUCAUCAAGCAGUUCCAGGAAGAUAUGGAAUUCCUGGACGAGAUCACCAAAGAUCUUCCCCAGAACCAUUGCCUGAAGUAUGAUGUCCGUAUAGAAGUUCCGCCCGUCAUCAGGGAGCGCGAGGGUUAUCCGCACGACGUAUGUCAAGACGCGGUGGAGUGGCGGCUUCGCAACGCCGAAAAAUUCCUGGAAGAACCGACCUCGGGGCUGUGGCUGCGACAGCUCCCGUGGCUGAGAUCUCUCACCAUCGCGGGACUGCACAUCCAGCCCCUGAUGAGGGCUGGCCCGGUGGCUUGGGAGGCCAUGAACAUGCCGCUCUGGCCCUCUCCAAAGCUGCGGAACCUCGUCGCGGGUGGAUUCUAUUCCCCCGGUAUCCGGCGGCGGGAGUAUUCGGGCAUAAAAUACCCAGGCGAGGGGGAGCCCUGGUGGUACUGGACCGCCGAGCAGAUGGAGUCCCGAGCUUGGAAGGGCCAGACGCGAUGUCUGGACACUCUCGAAUUCAUCGACUGCCGCAUCGACGGCGCCUGGCUGACCUCGUUCCUGCCGCACGCCGCCGCCAGUGGCCUGCGGUCCUUCCGCUACUCGCACGAGAAUUACUGCUCCAAAGCCAAACCGUUAGACGUCUUCGAAGCGCUAAAGUCCAGUCCUGAGACCCACAAGCUGCUGGAGGACCUCCGGCUCGAUUCCUCCCACGGAUAUCAAAUCCGCCCGGCCGAUGCCAUCAAGAUCCGGGAUUCCAUCGGCGAGUUUCCAGCGCUGCGGAAGUUCACAACUGAUUAUCGAGUCCUCUUGCCGGGCUCCGAUGGCCCGCUUGGCGAGGAGGCCUGGAAGGAUGUGUUCAAGGGCGAAUUGCGACACAUCGAGACGCCGCGAUCGAAGACGCACAGGAAGAAGGCGUAUGACGAUAGAAUGCCCAGGCGGUGGAAGGAGAUGGUAGAUUGCUUUCAUGCUUGAAAAUGUUUUUGUUACUUUAGAGGGGGAGCGGGAGUUCGCGUUUAUCAGUUUAUCUUUUUCGUAU